UCUAACGAUCAGUGCUUAAUGUGUCCGUUAAUCUAGAAGCUAUAACCAGUGUGCGGAAUCAGCGUUUACAUGGCGAUGCAUUUCCUUUUGUUCAGCUAGCUUAUGUGUAGAAAUACCACAUUCUCAGAGUUCUACUCAUUACAAAGAUUAAGAACAGACACUAGCAGGCUUCCUUAACGUCGGCUACCUAGCUGUUUCCUAUUUUAGACUCACUGUAGCUACACAUUCCCGAGGACACUCGACACGUUGACAUUUAGCUAGACCCGGGUCGUGUGAAUUUAUGGAAACAUGUCAAAAAAACGGGCCAGGAAGCGUAGCAGUGGAGAGCUGAGUGAGAGUUCGUCGGCGACCCUGAGCCCAGACCCAGAGAACCUGCUAGGCCGAAGGAUCCAGCACUCCUGGAGGGAGAAGGGGAACGUGACCAAGUGGAAAGGAACCGUCCUGGAGCGCCUUACUGUGAAUACCUCCCUCUACAUGGUCAAAUAUGACGGCUUUGACUGCGUGUACGGCAUCGAGCUCUUCAAAGACAACCGGGUGACCAACCUGCAGGUGUUGGCAGAGAAAGUUGUGAACAAUAAGAUCAAUGUGCCUCCCGGGGCCGAGGAGCUGGUGGGCCGGGCGGUGGAGCAUCUGUUUGAGAAGGAGGGCGGUGAGAAGAACGAGUGGCGAGGCAUGGUGCUGUCCCGAGCCCCCGUCAUGACCCACUGGUACUACAUCACCUACGAGAAGGACCCGGUGCUGUACAUGUACCAGCUGUGGGACGACUACAAGGACGGAGAUCUACGUGUCCUGCCUGAGUCAGAGAACAAACACCUGCUGCCAGCAGACAGGAAGCCGGGUGAGGAGCCAGAGAGCCUUGUGGGUAAGCAGGUGGAAUACGUCACAGAUAACGGUCUGAAGAGGACGGGCUUAGUUAUCUACCAGGUCCCAGCUAAGCCCACAGUAUACUACAUCAAAUAUGACGAUGAUGUCCACAUCCACGUCUACGAUCUGGUGAAGACCACCUAGUACUGACUGGCUCGUCUCUGACCGACCUGCCGUUACCUGUGAAGUGUUACAGAUUUCCGUUUUUGAUCUUUUUUAAGCCUCCAGAGUCUUCUCUUACUAUCAAAUCACCUGACACCUUGGUUUUGGGUUUUUCUUCCAGUUAGAAUUUAUGUUGACCUUAAUGUAUGACUCAUGGGUCCUCUUCAAUGUAAAUAAAAACUGAUUUGAGAUCGGUUGUAUAGCCCAGCAGAUAAAAUGCAGCUAGUGCAACUUUCAAACUUCAAAAUCAUACUUUUUGUAAGGAACAAGUAAACUAAAAUGAUUCAGCUUUCUUACCUCUGUGUUUUACUCCUAUUUCAUUUGACUUUUAUAUGCCUGUCCUAUUUAUGUCUUCUGGAAUAUCCGGCUGUGCUGCUGGUCACAUUUGGGCAAAACGUCUGUGCUUUAUGUGUCACUGGGUAGGCCUCAGUUUGAGGAAAAUAGAAGUCACAGUGAACUAUGAUUUCAGUGUUUAGGCCAUUAUGAGACUUGACUGUCUCACCAUCAUGGUUGGAAAACACAGAUUAUUCAAAAUAAAUUGUGUAUCAUAUUCCUGUUCCGUUUCAUCAUGUAUACUGCAAGUUUUCUACAUUAGGAUAAUAUAUGAAAAUAAUGUUGGUGUCAAGUUGUUUCAAAGGUGUUUGUGCUACACAUUAUUUCUGUAGUUCAAAUUGGCUACCGACAUUGUUUAGGUUUUUGGACUGAAGUCUUUUAUUAUUUGCCAAAAACAUGAAUGAUGUGAUAUGGUAUAUUCAGGCCUCAACAUAUUGUUCAUUGUGACCCUAAAUAUGUUAUGUUCUGUAAAUAUAAUACACAUUUUUAUGAACAUUA